AAACCUGAGGCGGACUAAAUCUUAACAAAGAAGCAAAACUUCAUUCAACGAUAUGAAGAAAGGCGUGUCUUACAACUACAUUAAAGGUGAUAUUGAGGUUCACUAUAAUUCUUCGGAUGGUUCUGAACCCAUAUCACGAUCUUCUUCUGACGUUCAAACGUCUUCUUCGAUUCCUGAGCAAGAAUUCAGGAUCAAGAUCGAGUUGGAAAAGGUCAGGAAGGCCAUCAAGGCAGAUGAAGAGCAAAUCAAGAUCCUGGAGAAUCAUCCUAAGCUACAGGAACUAGAUGAAGCUCAAAAGACCUUGAAAUCCUUGGAGGAAGCCAAAAGGCAGGAAGAUACGAGGAUCGAGAAGGCGAUCAAAAAAUGGUCCAAGAAAACCAAAGAAAUGAGGAAGCAAGAGCAAAGUAUCAUUGGAGAUUUGGAACAAGAGAAGAAGAGAUUGAAGGCCCAGAUGGCCAGCCAUGAUUCCAAAUGGUCAGAUAAGGAAAUCCGUGAACUAACGGAAUCAAAAGAAAAGGUUUUGAAGGAAUUGAACCAAGAAUUAGAUGAGGAAGGGAAGCUGAAUCAGGAGAUUGACCAAUCUCUCAAGGUUGAAAGGAGGAACUUGAUCCAAACGGAGCGUCAGGUCCAACAGGAUUUGAUACGAUGGAAGCAACAACGAGAGCAAUGUGAGAAACAGGACGAGCAACAAAUCGAAAAGGUCAGACAAGAGUCCAAAAGAUGGCUGAAGGACAUCAAGGGCCUCAAAUCCGACUUGGAAAUAAAAGUCAUGGAUUUGAAGAACAAGAUUCAAGAUGAGAGAGAGAAGUCCGCCAAGGAAUGGACAAGGAGCGAGACAGAAGGAACCAAACAUCUCAAAGAAUUAACAAAUUCCAUUCUGGACGGGCGACUUAUCCAAAUUCGACAGAGGUCUCAACUCCAAGGUGAGAUGGCUUAUCUUGAAGGAUCGAAGAAAGCGUUUGAGGAUCUGGCUUUGGAAAUCCCCAUGACGUCCGAAAGAGAAUCUAAUCAAUUUACUGAAGUGAGUGAAAACCUCUUGGAGAAGGCUCGCGGAGCGGUUCAGCAAUUAGAGGAACGAAAAAUGAAGCUUCUCGCGGAGUUGGAGGAAAUCAAUGCAGACACCGAAGACCAAAAGGCUGAGGUGAAGAGAGAACACGAUGGAGUAAUAGAUCAACUUCAAGGAGAGCUGCAACAAGGAUUGGACACCAUUCCCAAAUUAGAGGCCAAUAAGGCCAAAUUUGAUCAAAUGAGGAGAGAUCGGGACGAGAUUCGAGACCAAUUACGAUUGAUUGCAGCCAAAGUAGACGAAUUGAAGGCCAAUCACACUCGGUUGAAAUAUGAUCGUCAAACAAAGGCUAAAGAUCUUUUGGACAAGACCAAAUCCGCUCUUGACAAAGUCCAGCAAGCUGAAUUGAACCACUUUAAGAACGCUAAGGCCCAAAUGGAACAACUUCGUUCCAAGAAGAUUCGAAAAAUGUGUCGAAUUUGGGAGAACAAAUCAGGGUCAGAUUUUGUUACGAAACAAGACCAAAUUCUUGAGCAAAUGACCCAAGAACUGAAGCAGGAGUUACAAACUUCGGCUUCAAAAGAUCGGCAAACUCGCUUCGAUCCAACUUUGAAAGUCAAACUGCAAGGCAUUAAAGAUUUGGAUUUAGAUCUAGUCGGCAUUGAAAAACAAAUGGCCUCUCUGACGGAGCAAUCCAAAGAGUUGCUCGACAAAUGGACGGAAAUGAAGCACGAAGCUGACAAGGAACUUCAAAAUUGGGAGGAAAAUCAAACUGGUGACCCAAUCCAACCAGAAGACAACCAAAGUCAAUCCGAGAGCCAAGCAAACUCAGACGAUUCCUCAGGAGAGCCAUCCGUAAACCCCGGAUGUUGCUGCUGGAAAUGCUGAUUUGUUUCAGACCAUUGGUUGAAGUCGUCUGACUUAUGGGCGUUCAUUCAACUCGAUGUGAUUUUAACCCUAGCCAGUUAUCCUUACCCAGAAAAAUUUCAAUACGCUAUCCAAAAGCCUGACAUAAAGUUACAUGUGGA